CUCCAACAUAAAUGGAUGUCAUAAUCCAGUGCUAAAACAUCCGUGGUUUCAUCUUCAGGGCUUCAGAAUUCGGUUUCGUGGGCGAUGAAUUUGGACGAUCUUCACAAGGUAUGGGAUAUCAAAACCCUGAAAAAGCCUGGAGAAGACGAAGCGAGGAAGAUUCUGGAGAGAAUAGCGAAGCAGGUCCAGCCCAUCAUGCGUAAACACAAAUGGAAGGUCAAAGUUCUCUCCGAAUUCUGUCCGAACAAUCCGUCAAUUCUGGGGUUGAAUGUGGGAGGUGGAGUGCAUGUGAAGCUGAGGCUCCGGAGGCCUAACAGGGAUUGGGAUUUCUUCCCUUUUGAUCAAGUUCUUGGUACAAUGCUUCAUGAGCUUUGCCAUAACGUCCAUGGCCCGCACAAUGCCAGCUUCUACAAUCUCUGGGAUGAACUCAGAAAGGAAUGUGAGGAGCUGAUGGCCAAGGGAAUAACAGGCACAGGAGAGGGCUUUGAUCUUCCUGGGAGGCGUUUGGGUGGUUUCUCCCAUCAGCCUCCUCUUUCAUCUCUCCACAAAAGUGCACUGGAGGCUGCAGAAAAGAGAGCACGAUCAGGAUCUCUGCUACCAUCUGGACCCAGACGUCUUGGUGGUGAUAAUACUAUUAUGGUUGCACUUAGUCCAAUACAAGCUGCUGCGAUGGCUGCAGAGAGAAGAUUACAGGAUGAUAUCUGGUGUGGGUCUCAGUCUUGCAAAGCUUCUGGGGAUGAAGAAAGUAGUUCUGGUAUUUUACAUGACUUUGUAUCUUCAGAACAAAGUGGAGGAAGCUCAAGGUCAGAUGGUGGUUCCAUUGCAUAUUCUGUGGAUGCCAAUUUUGUAGAUUUAUCUAUCAAUACUUCAAAAAGAAGUUGCAAAUCAGAUACCACUUCAUUUUCUCAAUCUACUUGCCAUCCAGAAUCUAAUUUUGUAGAUUUAUCUAGUCCGUUAUCUUCUGAUCUGGGGAGUAGUUUGGAUACAAUACGUGACAGAACGCUGAAUGCCGAGGAAUUGCCAAUGUGGGAGUGUGGAACAUGCACUUUAUUGAAUGCUCCAUUGGCUCCAAUAUGUGAGCUCUGUAGCACUCAAAAGCGAAAAGAUGUUCAUACAAACUACAAAGUCUGGUCCUGUAAAUUUUGUACAUUGGAAAACAGUGUGAAGUUGGAGAAAUGCUGUGCCUGUGGUCAGUGGAGAUACUCACACGGAGCACCAGUGUCCAUCCAAGCACGGAAUCUUGGCACUUGAGGGAUACCUUUCAAUUGGCCAACAAUGAACAAUCUUCCAACAUGGGUAUUUUUUUUACCAAGUUAAAGGAAAAACAGUAAUUUUGCACGUCUACUUUUAGGUCAAGUUGUUAUGGCCAUUUUCUUGUGUCCAUGUAUUUAUUGUCAAGGAUCGUAUUGCUGUUGUGCAAACUGUUCAUAUCUUGAGAAUAAGCA